CAUAGAAUACAGUACACACACACAGAGAGAGAGAAAAACAGAGUGCGGAGCGGGAAAGAAAAAGGAAAGCGGAGCAAUAUUAAUCACCGGUGUUACGGUUUAUUUAGUGCCCGGAAGAAGAAAAGUUCAGAUCCCACGAACCCAGCGCGUGGGAGUGGGAAGCAGGAUCGUGACUGUCUCGUCAUGGCAGGACCUGGAGGUGACAUGCAGUGGUGCUUCUCUCAGGUGAAAGGAGCCAUUGAUGAUGACGUAGCUGAAGCGGACAUCAUAUCUACAGUCGAGUUUAACCACACAGGGGAGCUGCUUGCCACAGGAGACAAGGGCGGGCGUGUAGUCAUUUUCCAGCAGGAAAUAGAGAAUAAGAAUCCGCCUCAGUUCCGGAGCGAGUACAAUGUUUACAGCACUUUCCAGAGCCACGAGCCCGAGUUCGACUACUUGAAGAGUUUGGAAAUAGAAGAGAAGAUCAACAAGAUUCGCUGGCUUCCUCAGAAGAAUGCUGCUCAGUUCCUUUUGUCGACUAACGAUAAGACAAUUAAGUUGUGGAAAAUCAGUGAACGAGACAAGAGACCAGAGGGCUAUAACCUGAAAGAGGAGGAUGGACGCUAUAAAGAUCCCAACACUAUCACAUCACUGCAGGUACCAGUUUUAAUACCCAUGGACCUCAUGGUGGAAGCCAGUCCACGGAGGGUGUUCGCCAACGCUCACACCUACCAUAUCAACUCUAUCUCAGUCAACAGCGACAACGAGACUUACCUGUCUGCAGACGACCUCCGCAUCAACCUCUGGCACCUCGAGAUUACCGACCGCAGCUUCAAUAUUGUUGACAUUAAACCAGCCAACAUGGAGGAGCUAACGGAGGUGAUAACAGCAGCCGAGUUCCACCCUCAUCAGUGUAACACCUUCGUGUACAGCAGCAGCAAAGGAACUAUCCGUCUGUGUGACAUGAGGGCUUCAGCGCUGUGUGACAAGCACUCCAAAUUGUUUGAGGAGCCAGAAGAUCCCAGCAAUCGCUCCUUCUUCUCUGAGAUCAUAUCCUCAAUCUCAGAUGUUAAGUUUAGCCACAACGGACGCUACAUGAUGACCAGAGACUACCUGUCUGUAAAGAUUUGGGACUUAAACAUGGAGAGCAGGCCAGUGGAGACCUAUCAGGUUCAUGAGUACCUGAGGAGCAAGCUGUGCUCGCUCUACGAAAACGACUGCAUCUUUGACAAGUUUGAAUGCUGCUGGAAUGGCAAUGACAGUGUGGUGAUGACCGGCUCAUACAACAACUUCUUCCGGAUGUUCGACCGCGGCCAAAGGCGGGACGUAACUUUGGAGGCGUCCCGAGAAAACAGCAAGCCCAUGCAGGUCCUAAAGCCCCGCAAGGUGUGCGCAGGCGGCAAGCGCAAGAAGGACGAAAUCAGCGUGGACAGUUUGGACUUCAACAAGAAGAUCCUUCACACUGCCUGGCACCCCCAGGACAACAUCAUCGCAGUGGCGACGACCAACAACCUCUACAUAUUCCAGGAUAAAGUGAACUAACUGCAGGGUGAGCUCACGUGAGAUCUGGCGCCGGGCGAUGUCAAUGUCGUACCAACCCGCCGCCUCGCAGCCUCACUCAGGGUGAUCUGUGGUAACGCCGACAACCAGCAUCCCUGUCCGCCGCUACUGGGUGACCAGACUUUGCCACUUUGUUCCAGAUGUGGACAGAGGAAGCCUCGCUCUUGCCCAUCAUCAGCCUCUGUGGCAGAGUGACACCUGCCUUGUUGUUUAAGUGAUGUUGUGCCAAUUUUUUUUUUUUUUUUUUCUUGGGAUGGUUUUUUUUUUUUUCUUUUUUGCCAGCCCACCUUCUUCCCCAGGGGUAACAUGGGUAAACUGUUUAAUUUCCUGAAAAAUCCUGAAUACAAACACACUUAUUUUUAUAACUUUUUUUCCCCCUCCAACGGCUCUGUGGUAGAAAGAUGAAAAACACUUAUUUAGUAUGUUCCCCUAUUGUCCUGUGCCAUUGUAGUGUUUAUUUUUCUAAGAGAGAAUUGCCAGUCUGUUUUUUUUUUUUGUUUUCUUGUGUAUACUUCUUUUUUUUAUUCAUCUGUCAUACUGUCAUAGUAUUCUUUGAGUCUCUUCACAUCUCCCCUCUUUCAAUAAACCAUGCAUACACAACAGUCAAUAAAGUAUGCUCCUACUUUUACUGGACAGCAGCACAUCAGCGGUUGCCUCCUGGAUGUCAAGAGGCACAGUGUGUCAGAUUCAAAGCGUGGUCCAGUGAGGAGUCACCCUGCUCACUGUCACUGUGUCUCAGGCUCUUAAUGGCCAAAUAGAUCCAGAAUCCAGGAGAAAGAUUUUCUUUUUUUUGACUGACUGUUUUCAUAUCUUUUGUGUAUUGGUUCCCUUUCCUUCUUUUGUUUUGUGUUCAACAAUAGUCAGGUAUAAGAGUUAGCCUAUUCAAAGAUAAUUAUUAUGAUUGUCAUAUUUAUAUUAAAAAAGGUUAAAAAUGUCACCUGAUUUGUUCCGUCCCAUUUUGUGAAAUGAAGCUGGACCUUAACAUAUCUUUUUUUUGAGUGAUCUUAAGUAUUGUCUUCCCAUGGUGUACCACAGCUCUGAAGCAGUACUUCACAACAGGGGAAAAAACCUUUUUGAUUUAACACUGGACUCUUUGCACCAACUAAAGUACUUGGAUGUCUGUGUUGUAACACUGCAGUUUAAAAUGAGACAUUAUGUGAGGCAUUAAGUCACUUAAAGUGUUUGUUUAAACUACUACAGACAUUAUUACUGCUACUGUAUGUGAUGGUACAAUAAGCUGCACAAGGAUUUGCAGUGGUUGAUGUCUCCACACCUUAUUUAAAAUGUGGAUAGUUAAAACUAUAUUGAUGCCUCUAGUAAUGUGUAACUACAAUUUUAAUCUAUGACAGUGAAGAUAAUAAAGGAACUACUUUUUG